GCCUGUAAUUAGUUACAUUUGAUUUGUCGCUUGAUUUGUAAAUCGGUACAGUAAAACUUGAUUUCCAGUAAUUAGGAAACAUUCCAUUAUGAAGCGAAAUAUUAAAGAUAAGAUGCAGUGGACGGGAUAUAAAAAAACAGCAAGUUUUCAAUAAGGAAGGUGGCAAGCCAUCAGGACCUGAUCCCUUACUCAUAUCUAAACUGCUUAGAUGUUCAAAUAUUUCUGAAAUAGAUAUUUGAUAAUUCGAAACAUUUAAAUGGGUUGAAUAUGGUUUAACAUAAUUAUGGCAUGGUUGAUUGCUAUAGACUGAGCUAAAGUAAUCCUGAAACAUAUUAGCUAAAUCUGUAACCAUAGAGCAUCUAGUGUUGUUAUAGUACAUUUCGUUGGGUAACUCAUUACUUUUUUUUUUUUUGAAUUAACAAAAUUCCAAAUAGUUUUAAUAUCAUUACCAACAGAUGAUUCAGUAGGUCUAAUGUAAUCAUUGUAAUCCUGUUUACAUUGAGAGCGCAAGUUAGAGAAUACCAUGUAGUCGUUAGAAGAUCCACUAAAUUUAAAUCUAAGGUGUGCCUCCUUCUUUAGAAUUGAUAUUUUUCAAUUCAGGUGAAAACCAUCUGGGAAAUCGUCGAGUGGAUAAUUUUUUCAAUGGUACAAAGGAAUGAAUGACAGAAUACACAAAAUCGUAAAAAAAUAUUUACCAUUUCAUCAAGUGAUUUAUUUAAGAAUAGUGAAUCCCACUGAAUUAAUCCCAGAUGAUGUUCAAUGGAUCCAAAAUCUGCGAAUUUGCAAUCAUAGUAAUACUCAUAAGCUACAUGUGACAAGUUACAAUAAUUUACAGCAGGGUUCAAGUGUGUAAGUAACAAGGCAUGAUAUUUAUCGACAUUAAUUAGAGCAUCACUAGCGCAAGAGGUGGUUGUUGAAGAUUGAUAAGAAAAAACUAAAUCUAAAGUAGUAUUGUAAUCAUUCCGAACUGCAUUGUUCUGAAAAAAGUUGUGAAAAGCACACAUAUUAAUCGCAGCAGUUUCAUCAGCUCUAGUUCCAGGUCCCAAGGAAGAGGUAGCAGUUGAGCAUAGAUUAUUUGAGAUCCAUAUGGCCUUAGGUAAAUUGAAGUCGCCCAAAAUGCAAAAUUGUGCAUGAGGAUAUGUUUCUGACAAAUUAUCCAAGUUUUCAGUGAACGAAACAUAUUUAUCAUUUGGUGACAUUGGAGGAAAGUAAGCAACUCCUAAAAUAAGGGUACUUUUACCAUUGCCUAUGAGGACAAAUAACUGUUCAAUUUCUUGUGAAGAGUUGAGCAAACUACUUCGUAUAGAUUUGGAAAUUGCUAUAAAAACUUUCUUUCAGAAUCAAAACUGCGAAAAUUGCAAAUUCUGCAUGGAUGCAGGCCAGAACUAGAAUAGGAGGAAAUAUUGGCCUUUCAGGAUGUUGUUAUUCGGCGAGGCUUGACGAAAGCAUAACCCUACUUUUUAAAAUUACAAAAAAUUGAACAUACGAUGCCCUACAAAUAUAUCGGUAGGACAACUGAUUUUAAAGGAAAAUCGUUAUGGGAAAUCGUAGGGAAUCUAAAAAAUUUCGGUGUUGGAAGGAUGGUAGUCAGAAGUCGAUUUGAGAGGUAUCCAGAAAAGAGUUACAUGAAGAUUCUCAAAGUAGAGACACUUCCCAAUCCAGAAAAACCCUCUAUUGAUGAUAUGAGAUUUGUUAAAGUGUGGGUAGAGAGCACUUUUAGAGGUAAAACUUUCCCAGAACCAAUAGUUAUAGAACGAACAAGUUACAAAACAGAUUUUCGAUUAAUUCCAAAGGACGAAGAGCAAGAAUACUGCAAAUCACCCGUGUUUGAUUGUACAAAAAUUGUACCAAAAACAAUGGAAUUUCCUCCUCUACUGAAAGAGUUGUUAAUAAGAAAUGCCAAAGCAAAAGGUAAUAGUUUGGAGGAGGAGAUCAAAUUGGAGAUAUUUUACAAUAAGCAAAGUUUAAAUACGAGUUAUAAAAUAGCUAAAGAUGGUGAAAAACCUACUGUUGAAAUUGUCAGUGGUUUAGGUAAACCUGUAUCACCUCGUUUAUAUGAAGGGCUAAAGUGAUAUGUUAAGUAAAAACAUGAUUUGUAAAUAGGUUAGUUUAAAAUAAAUAUUAAAAUAAAAAUA